AUGGAAUCCCAAACCAACUUCGAGACGGUGUCAAUACCCGGUAACGGUGAGAUUGAUGUUAGGCAGUUUUGGACGAGGUCAGAAAGGAAGGUCAAAAGGACGCUACGAAAAGGCAUAGAAGAAUUAGGAGCCCUGAAAGCGAGCAUAAUGGUGGAAGUAAGCCUGUCAAAAGAUGAGGUAACGACGACAGCGAUGCUGCGAUCGAAGUCGCUGGUCAUAUUAGAGUCCACGAACCUGGACAGGUCGCUUAACGAAGCCUUAGAAGCAAUCACGGAGUCGCUGUCUAACUACACGAGAGAAGGAUCAGGUUGGAUAGUGGAGGAGGUCAUGGGAAUGGACAUCAGCAUGGCAAGGUACGUACCAAUACGAGGAGGAAGUUACGUACCACUGCCAAUAUGGGUAGAAAGGAAGAAAGCMAUAGUAAACGUGAAGAAUGAAGACAACAGAUGCUUCAUGUGGGCAAUAAGGUCAGCAUUGUAUCCAGUAGACAAUAAUCCAUGUAGGACAAGCAAUUACCCAACCGACGACUUGGAGUGGGAUGGCGUGGAGUUCCCAAUGCAGCUGUUAGAUAUCCCAAUAUUCGAGGAGGAAAAUGACCUAGCCAUUAACGUCUACGGGUCUUUAAAGGAACACGAUGAKAUCUGCCGUGGCGUUGAGGAAGUAGCACAGCGCAUACAGCUGCCCACCCAAAAGGAGUUAGAGUAUGCAGACCACAAGAAGCAAGCCCGAGUGCCGUACGUGAUUUACGCAGACUUCGAAGCAAUCAUUACGAAAGAAGACCAAAAGAAUGGUGCCACGAAAAGGCUGGGAUUACACGAGAUCUGCUCUUACGGGUACAUCGUAGUGCGUUCAGAUGGGCAAACAGACGGACCAGUCAUCUACGGGGGUAAGAAUGCAGCUAAUAAAUUCCUAGAAGCGCUGAGGGAAGAGGAAGAGCAAAUAAGGCGACAAUUGAGGAAACCAAAGAAGGUAGCAUUCACCAAAGAAAACCAAGAAGCAUACGCGAAGACAAAGAAAUGCCACGUAUGCAAGCAGAGGCUCCUACAAUACGGUAGACAAGCCAAAAAAGCUUGGGAUGAGGAGGGUAAAUACCUAGGAGAAGCGCACUUCAAAUGUGGUACGUACUACAAGAAAGGUGAGAAAGCAGGAAAGCCAUUCACGCACUGCAUCCACUGCCACAAAAGAUUCGUAGAAGACUUCUAUAUGGAUAAGGUCCUGGAUUACAACCAAGCGACGGGUGAAUACGUAGGAGCAGCCCACUGGAGAUGCAGAACGCACAUGGAUCCAGACAUGGAGAUUCCCGUGUUCUUUCACAACCUCCGCGGGUAUGACUCCCACCUGCUCCUACAAGGCACAGACGGUUCCGACGUAAAGUGUAUACCCAACAACAAAGAGCGUUACAUGUCCGUAACGGUAGGCAAACUGAAGUUCCUAGACUCACAACAAUUCAUGGCGGACUCCUUAGCAAACCUUGUGAAAUACAACACGGAGUUCCCCAUCUCCCAACAAUACGGCGCGGAACGAAAGGGAGUGUACCCAUAUGAGUACAUGGACUCCUGGGAGCGCUUUGAGGAGCCCCUACCACCCAAAGAGAGAUUCUACAGCACCCUAACCGAGUCCGGUAUAAAGGACGAAGAGUACCAGCACGCAUUAGACGUGUGGGAGAAGCAUGACUGUCAAACGAUGGGAGACUACCACGACAUCUACUUACGCUCGGACGUGGUACUGCUGGCUGACGUCUUUCAAAGCUUUCGAAAGAUGGCUAUGGAAUACUACGGGUUGGACCCCGCUAACUUCUACACCGCGCCAGGGCUCAGUUGGAGUGCCCUGCUGAAGAAGACGAACGCGCAACUGGAUCUACUAACGGAGUACGACAUGUACCGCUUCAUGGAAGACGGUAUCCGCGGCGGGGUUUGCGGGCCCAGCAGGCGAUACGYACGAGCAAACAACCCACUAGUAGAGCACGACCCCGAGGAACCAACCACGUACCUUUUCUACUUAGACGCAAACAACCUCUACGGUUGGGCAAUGUCGCAGUAUCUACCCGUACGCGACUUCGAAUGGGACGACGUAAAGCCCAUAGAGUUUUACCUAGRCGUAGACAAGGAAUCCGACAAGGGUUACGUCCUGGAGGUGGAUUUAGAGUACCCGGAGCAUUUGCACGACGCACACGACGAGUUCCCACUAGCACCAGAAGCGAUAGAGAUACCGUUUAAGCAGCUAAGUCCCCUGCAAAAGCAAAUGUGUCCYARYUACAAACCCUACAGGAAGCUAACGAKGAACYUGAUGGACAAAAAGAAGUACGUCGUUCACUACCGCAACCUGCAAUUCUACGUGCGGCACGGCAUGCGCGUGAAGAAGAUACGCCGAGUGUUAAAGUUCACGCAGGAGCCAUGGAUGCGCUCCUAUAUCGACUCUAACACCCAAAAGCGAACAGCUGCCAAGAACGACUUCGAGAAGAACCUGUUCAAAUUAAUGAACAACUCAGUGUUUGGUAAGACGAUGGAGAACAUACGCGAGCAUGUAAGCAUCAAGAUAGCUAGCACCAGAGAGGACGCAGAAGCAUACGUCUCCCAGCCGGGAUUCGUCAGAUACGUAGAAAUGUUAAACUUCUACGUGAUUCAUAUGAAGAAGGCGAACCUAUUCCUGAACAAGCCCGUAUACAUGGGGUUCACAGUGUUAGACCUAUCAAAGCUGCUCAUGUACGAGUUCUACUACGACAAACUAAAGCCGAAGUACGAAGACCGGUGUCACCUUCUGUACACCGACACCGAUUCCUUAAUACUGGAAGUGCAGACGGAAGACGUUUACAAAGACUGCAUACCCGACAUAGACGAGUACGACACAAGCGGUUACCCAAAGGAGCACUUCCUUUACUCCGCGAAGAACAAGAAGGUAAUCGGGAAGAUGAAGGAUGAGAUGCUUGGGAAGCCCAUCGUGGAAUACGUGGAGUUAAAACCAAAGAUGUACAGCGUGCUAAAGCUGGACGGCGUGGAAAAGAAAGCUAAAGGCGUAAAAAAGUACGUUGUUAAGAAGGACAUUACGCACGAGUCCUACCUAAACGUGCUACGUACACGAAAAGGUGUCGCUGUCCGCAUUUGA